ACGUCACAAAUAUGCAUAUAUGGUAAAGUCUGAAAAAGUACCGAAACCUGUUACCUACAUUCGGAUGCUUCUGGACUUUUCAUAUUUUUGACCUAUAAAAUACUUGCAACAUGGCAGCGGCUCCGAUGGCUGAAACAGUCGCGAAGUCCAGCAAGAAGAACCCAGAUUCUGUAAAAGAAAUCUUUAAAACGAUGAGCUAUGGACCUGCCCCAGAAGCAGACAAUGUUGUUAAGGCAUGGUUAGAUGAUCAUGGGAAAGACUUUGGACUUUUCAUAGAUGGCAAAUGGGUGAAACCAGAAGGCAGGAAGAAAUAUAUGACAAAGAAUCCUGCAACUGGUGAAGAAUUGGCACAUACCACACAAGCAGAGAAGCCUGAUGUAGACUUAGCAGUAAAAGCUGCAGAGAAAGCCUACCAAAGCUGGAGUAAGACUUCACCCCAUGUCCGAGCAAGACAUCUGUACAGCAUUGCAAGACACAUCCAGAAGCACAUGCGUCUGUUUAGUGUCGUGGAGGCAGUGGACAACGGUAAGACUAUCCGAGAGACCCGGGAUGCAGAUAUCCCUAUUGUGGUCAGACACUUCUACCAUCAUGCAGGCUGGGCUCAACUAAUGGACACUGAGAUGAGGGGGUGGAAAUCUGUUGGUGUGAUUGGUGCGAUAGUGCCGUGGAACUUCCCCUUAAUGCUGCUGACCUGGAAGAUAGCCCCAGCGCUAGCGAUGGGCAACACAGUGGUGCUGAAACCUGCCACGUACACACGACUCUCUGCCCUUCUGUUGGCUGAGGUCUGUGCAGAAGCGGGACUUCCACCGGGUGUCUUCAAUGUAGUUACGGGCAGUGGAGCCAUGGGCAGCAUGCUAGCUGACCAUCCGUCUGUGGACAAAGUGGCCUUUACAGGUUCCACUGGGGUUGGACAGACUCUUCGUCGACUGACAGCAGGAAGUGGGAAGAAGCUUUCCCUAGAGCUGGGAGGGAAAUCCCCUGUGGUGGUGUUCGAGUCAGCUGAUUUAGACAGCGCCGUGGAAGGAGUGGUGGAUGCCAUCUGGUUUAACCAGGGACAGGUCUGCAGUGCAGGCUCCAAACUAUUGGUUCAGGAAUCAGUGUACGAAAAAAUGGUAAAUAAAUUGAAAGAGAGGCUGACACAUUUCCGUGUGGGCAAUAGUCUGGAUAAAGCCAUGGACAUGGGAGCCAUUGUAGAUGCGAGUCAGAGGAAGACCAUCGAGGAAUAUGUGGAGGAGGCCAGAAAGGAGGGGGCUGAGGUCUACCAAAUAAAGGAGAGUGUACCAAGUACUGGCUGCUUUUAUCCCCCCACCCUUAUCACAAAUGUCCAGACAGUGUCCAGGGUUGUAGCUGAAGAGAUAUUUGGUCCAGUCCUGGUUGUAUUGCCCUUCAGAACGGCUAAAGAAGCCCUUGCUAUCUCUAACAACACAAUCUAUGGCCUCGGUGGGAGUGUGUGGACAGAGAAUGUGCCCUUGGCCCUGGAAGUUGCCCUGGGCAUUAAAGCAGGCACUGUAUGGAUCAACUGCCACAACUUGUUUGAUUCUGCUGCUGGGUUUGGUGGAUACAAACAGAGUGGAUUUGGAAGAGAUGGAGGAAAGGAGGGCUUGUUUGAGUAUGUCCGUCCAGCAUGGGAGAACAGACCGAGGCCAAACAAGGUGGAGGUGGAUCUAAAGAAAUUUGGUGCAACUCUUCCACAGAGGCCAACAUUUGAAAAUGUGGAUAACAAGCUAAUCACAGCUAAUGGAGUUACUAUGCCCAGUAUAGACAGAACCUUCAAGAUGUACUAUGGUGGGGGCCAGAAGAGACCAGACGCUCCCUAUGUACGACCGGUCAUCAAUCCCGAGGGAAAGGUCGUAGGUCAUGUGGGGGAGGGUAAUCGCAAGGAUGUCAGGAAUGCAGUGGAAGCUGCCCAUGCUGCAGCUCCAGGCUGGGGAAAGCGAGCCGCACACAACAGAGCACAGAUUGUUUACUACAUGGCAGAGAACCUGGAGAUCAGGCGAGAGGAAAUCGCGGGGCGGAUCCAGCUGAUGACGGGGCGUAAACUACAGGACUGUGUGGCGGAAGUAGAUCUGUCGGUCCAAAGAUUGUUCCACUGGGGAGCUUACUGUGAUAAAUACGGUGGCGGAGUACAGGAAACCACAUUAUAUGGAGCCACAGUGAAGAUCCAUGAACCAAUGGGGGUGAUUGGAAUAGCUUGUCCAGACGAGUUCCCUCUCCUAGGAUUUGUCUCCCUGUUUGCACCAGCUGUUGUCAGGGGCAACACUAUGAUCAUUAUUCCUAGUGAGAGAUACCCACUGUCAGCAUUAGAUCUAUAUCAGGUGUUUGACACUUCAGACUUACCAGGUGGAGUGGUCAACAUUCUGACCGGAGACCGGGAUCACCUGACUAAAUAUCUAACUGAGCACCAGGAUGUCCAGUCAUUGUGGUACUUUGGGUCAGCGGAGGGGUCAAAGUUUGUGGAGUUCACUUCUGCAGAGAAUGUCAAGAGAACCUGGGUGAAUUACGGAUUUGAGAGAAACUGGUGUGACCUUGAGCAAGGUCAAGGGGAGGAGUUUCUAUAUCACUCAGUGCAGGUCAAAAACAUCUGGAUACCCAUGGGAGACAUUUUUGCUAAUUAACAUUAAAAAUGUAUGAUGGCCAAAAUAUGGUGCAUUAAUGAUCUGAUUAAUAGUAGUAUUCUCUUCUUUAGAGAGCUGUAUGAAUUUUGAAUGCAAGAUCAUCAGUUGCCAUUGAUCAGCAGUAUUCUCUUGUUUAGAGCUAUGAAUUUAAAAUGUAGUGUUACAUGUACCAUUUGCCAUUGAUCAACAGCAUUCUCUUAUAUAAAGCUAUGAAUUUAAAGAUGUCUAGUAGUUAGGGCUAUAUGGACCGUGGUUAUCGGCCUGGAUAGCUCAGUGGUUACAGCACAGGAUGAUCCCAGGUUCAAUUUCUGGUCCAGCCAUAAAUUCUCUCCUUUCCUAUAUAUUAUUACCAGUUACCACAGUAUUUUGAAAUUUAUGUAUUUCAUUUAUACAUAUACAGUAUGUAUUGCAUGAAUUUGCAGCAAUGCAGAUUUCAAAUUUAGUUGUUUAAAGUACCGGUACAGUUACAAUGUGAAUUCACUGCGGGAAAUUCACGCCGACAGCUUGCAUCCCACAACUUUUAGAUAUAUCAAAACACGAUAUGAAUUCAUGUUGAUAAACUCUGUGCAUGUAUUUAGAUAUGAUGGACGCAUGAUUUUAUUUGAUUUUUGAAGAAAGAAACGCCCAUCAAAUUGACAUUAAAAAGUACAACUUUAGAGCAAGGAUUUCAUCUGCCCAUUUACUUUACAAAAAUCUCAUUAUUCAACCAAAUCAUUGGGAGUUUUGGAUCUAUUUUCUGUAGAAGCAUGCUUCUUUUGAAUCCAGGGUGAAAAUGAAAUAUUGCUAAAUAUUUUCGUGUAAUUUGUUAAUUUUGGCAUUUACCGAUCUAGAACUUUUGGGACUGACCCAGAGAGGUAUAGUUCUGGAGCUAAUCCAGAAUAUGCUGAAUCAGCACCUUUAGGAUAAUCUUGCCACUCUAAAAUGGGCAUAAGGAUUGCAUUGGUUAGAGCUAUAUAUAUAUGUAGGGAUAAUUGUAUCCAUAAAGCAGAGGUUGUCUGAUGUAUGCUGCGUUACCGCGACUUGGAGUAAAGUUCAUUCAUAAUCAGAAAAGUGUUACCAAACAUCUAUGAAAGUACUUAAUUUUUUUUACAGUCUUUAUUUACAGUUUAUACACACAUGAAUUUUACAAUUUUACCGAGAGUUUAUAGAUACAGGUAUGUGUGUAUUGUUAUCCAGCAUUUGAAUAUUGUUAUAAUGUGAUAGAUUGUUGUAAUCAAGGUUUUGGCAUUGCCUUGCAGAGCUUAAGUUUUCAUUGAUUUUGUAGUUUUAUGUUACAAUUAAAAACAAGCGUUGGCAGCUACUGAAAUUACCCCGAUGUGCCUUAAUAUUAAUUUCCUAGUCUCCAAGAUUAUCAUUUCUUAAGGAAAAUUUAUGGGCAAUUAUAAUUAUUGUGUAAUUACUUGAUGCCCUUGCAGAAGUGAUUGCCCAUAUUAUAUAUUGGGUAGAAGUUUUGACAAAUGUAUUGGUCAUUGCCUGUGUGUGAAUAUGGGAGUAGUCCAGAUCAAUGUUGUGGACACCUGCCCAUGGCAUAAAACGAAGACUAUUCUAAAUUUCAUAUUUUCAAGGAUGCCUAUAAUAAUUGACUGAUGGGGCAAAAGUUCAUACACGUAGUUUAAGUUCAUGGUUUAAGUAAUGAACAUAAGAAGUGCUGUUUUGUGUUUCCCUCGUUUUAUCUAGUAAUGUUGAAUAAUUAACCAGUUUGUGUUGUACAGUGUGUAUAUAAUCAGUAGUAUCACUACACAUAACUGUCUGUGAUUUAUCAUGUAUCUAUAAAGAUUUCAUAGGAGAUACAGUUCUCCUCACAUUGGGUACAGUUUCCUAAUCAUUGUAAGAUUAAUGAUCACAUUGUUUCUCAUUGUCUGUUAAUCAAAGGGCCGCAUGUGUUUUUUAUGUGGAGUUGAAUUGUCGAUGACAUUUGAAGAUAAGAUCAUUAGGUAAAGGUAUUAAAUUGAAUGUGGUUUAUGUAUCUUGUGAGACAAAGCGUGAACUAAUGCAAGGAUCUGAUUUUGGUACAUGUACGUUCAGAAGGUUGUUGUAUAUGACUGAAACAAUCGUCUUGUCAUCUCUCUUAUUAACAAAAUCCAUAUCAAAAAACGCAUAUUCGUAGAAAAGUUGUUGAUUUGCUGUUACAGGACUGAAUUAUUUAAAGCUGUCUGAUGAAAAGAAAUUUGCUCAGUUUUUGUCCCAGUAUUAUCCAUUUAUUUUGUUGUUAAAAAGAUGGCAUUGAGAGUUGUGAUGGAAUUAGUCAUUUUGGAUAGCAAAUCAGCAAUUGAUGAAGGAUGGCCCAAUAUCUACAAAGCUGUUUUAAUGCAUCUGUUAGCCAGUGAUGUAAACUAUCUUAUAUCCAAUGUGUGAUGUUUUAUAAUUUGUUUUGUAUGAAAUAAAGAUGUAGAAGAUGAGA